AUCACUCACAACAAGAGUAAUUUUACCUUCUAAACCGAUUUAUUCACCGCUUACCACUACGUUCGAUGUCGAACAACACCGCCAACAGUGCUGAUGUAGUUUAUGGAAAGCUUGAGGAAAUAUCAAGAGGUUUACAUCAGGGCACGUUGGUGACGAUUCCCUCUUACGAGCUCUAUAAAUUAGCUCGGGAGGAGGAGCUCUCGGCGUAUCGUCAACUAUGCCGCGUGUUCACGAUGCAUAAUGGUGAGCAACUCACAAAACUUCAUCGUCGGAUGCUCGAGGAUCUCCGCGAGACCCUCGUCAUCCCGGAGGAUCGUGCAGAACUUGAGCUUCAGGUUUCGGCCAGCGAUCCUGUCGUAAAAGGUGUUUUCAUGUCUGGCAUUCUUAACUCUCGGGAGAAUUUCUUUGAUGGCGUUGAUGACGUCUUGCUCCGUCAGGCGGGUGAGGGCCGUGCGUCAGAUGAUGGUUGUACCCUCAUCUCCUUUUCAAACCGCCCGUCCAAGUUUGCGAGGAAGGAAAACGACUCCACGAUGCACGCUGUGCAGUCGAAUUUGCAUCUGAACGCCGCGAGUUCGGGGGCUGCGGAAGGCGGUGCAGCCUCCGUAAAUGGCUCUCGCGCUGUUGCUGCACGCCGGAAACAGAUCCUUAUGUCUGUUAACAAAGCAGGAAAGGAGGUGCGGCUAGCUGCCAGUAGUCUAUUGUAUUCUAAGGAUCAGGCAGUUCGGAAAAAAUGUUUGGAGAUUCUCGAAAGUAAGCGAGAUACGCUGUUGCAGUUUAAAGAGGAGAUCGAGACAAUGUAA